AUGGAGAUGGAGGGAGAGCAGGAUCAGAGACUCUUUCCGGCGCCCUUCCAUGUCCGAAAGGACCCUCCCAUCUUGUUCCCGUUCAUGAUCACCAACCCUGUGGAUCAGCUCCAAGGGCAAAGCAGCUAUGGAGAUCAGCACUUGAGGCAGCAGCAUGUUUUGUCUGAAUCUACUCAACAGUUCACCGAUCGGAUGAUGAUGAACCGAUCAGAAGUCUUCCCUACUAGGCCAUCGCCGUUCCGGCAGACUAUCCAAAGCAUCGAUGGUGACAUGAUCCAGCGAUCUGCAUAUGAUCCAUAUGAUAUAGAGAAUAAUAAGCACAUCGAAGGAUUGCGCAGCGGCGGCUGGACAGUGUCGUCGUCACCGCCAGCAGCAAAGAUGAAGAUCAUGCGGAGGAAGGCAACGAGCGAGUAUCCCGAGGGCGGUGGUGGGGCAGCAAGAAAGCCAAGGAGAAGACCACAAGCGCACCAAGAUGACAGCCAGCUACUGCAGCAUCAGCAGCAGGCUAUGGGUGUCGUUAGAGUGUGCUCCGACUGCAACACCACAAAGACCCCCUUGUGGAGGAGUGGUCCUUGUGGCCCCAAGUCUCUUUGCAACGCAUGUGGCAUAAGGCAAAGGAAGGCGAGGCGGGCGAUGGCGGCCGCCGCGGCAGCUGCUGCCAGCGACGGAGGCGCUCCACAAGCGGCCACCCAGCAGCCGAAGCCGGCCAAGAAGGAGAAGAGGUCGGACGUCGACCGGUCGUCUCUGCCGUUCAAGAAGCGGUGCAAGAUGGUAGUUGUCGAUCAUGCUGCUGGUGGUGCAGCCACUGAAGCGACGACGACGACGCCAGAAACCGCUGCUCCGACCAAGGAUCAAUUGGAUCAUCACGUCUCCAGUGACAAGCAGGUUAAUGGCCAUGCCGCGACGAGUCUUCAGAGCAAGAUCGUCGCCACUCCUCCCCAGGCGAUGUCGUCGUUUCAUGCCUUCCCGGCUGACGAGAUCACUGACGCCGCCAUGCUGCUCAUGACCCUGUCCUGUGGGCUUGCUCGUCCGCAGCUAGCCAUGGCUUCUAGCUAG